CGGCGCGGGAGAAGGGGCAGCGCCGCGCACCGCGCCAUGGGGGCCGCGCCGGGCCGUGCGGGGCCGGGGCAGCGGCCGCCGCGCCUGCCGCUGCUGACGCUGUUCCUCCUGCUGCGGCCGCCGCUGGUCGCGCUGGGAAUCGACCCUGUGCUGCUGCCCGGAAACUUUUCCGCGGACGAGGCCGGGGCGCAGCAAUUCGUGCAGAGCUUCAACUCGAGCGCCGAGCAGGUGCUAUUCCUGAGCACUAGCGCCAGCUGGGCUCACGACACCAACAUCAGCGACGAGAACGCGCGGCGCCAGGAGGAGGCGGCCCUGUUCAACCAGGAGUUUGCGGAGAUCUGGGGUCAGAAGGCCAAGGAGCUGUACGACCCAAUCUGGCAGAACUUCACUGAUCCGAUUCUGCGAAGGGUCAUCAGCGGUGUGCGCACUCUGGGCCCUGCCAACCUGCCCGUGGGGAAGCGGCAGCAGUACAACGCUCUGCUAAGCAACAUGAAUAGGAUCUAUUCCACUGCCAAGGUCUGCUUCCCCAACAAGACUGCCCUCUGCUGGUCCCUGGACCCAGAGCUCAUCCACAUCCUGGCCGUCUCGCGAAACUACGGGCUGCUGCUGUAUGCCUGGGAGGGCUGGCAUGAUGCCGCAGGCAUCCCGCUGAAACCCCUGUACCAGAACUUCACUGCCCUCAGCAAUGAGGCUUACAGGAAGGAUGGCUUCUCAGACACAGGGGCCUACUGGCGCUCCUGGUACGACUCACCCACCUUCGUGGAGGAUCUGGAACACAUCUAUCAUCAGUUAGAGCCCCUCUACCUGAACCUCCACGCCUAUGUCCGCCGCGCUCUGCACCGCCGAUAUGGAGACAGAUACAUCAACCUCAGGGGACCCAUCCCUGCUCACCUGCUGGGGGACAUGUGGGCCCAGAGCUGGGACAACAUCUAUGACAUGGUGGUGCCUUUCCCUGACAAGCCCAAUCUUGAUGUUACCAGUACUAUGGUGCAGAAGGGCUGGAAUGUCACGCACAUGUUCCGGGUGGCAGAGGAAUUCUUCACGUCCCUGGGGCUCUUGCCCAUGCCUCCUGAGUUUUGGGCAGAAUCCAUGCUGGAGAAACCAAAUGACGGGCGUGAGGUGGUGUGCCACGCCUCUGCCUGGGACUUCUACAACAGGAAAGACUUCAGGAUCAAGCAGUGCACACGGGUCACUAUGGACCAGCUGUCCACGGUGCACCAUGAGAUGGGCCAUGUGCAGUACUACCUGCAGUACAAGGAGCAGCCCGUUUCCCUGCGCCAAGGUGCCAACCCUGGCUUCCAUGAGGCCAUCGGGGACGUGCUGGCCCUCUCGGUCUCCACACCUGCACACCUGCACAAAAUCGGCCUACUGGACCAUGUCACCAAUGACAUGGAAAGCGACAUCAACUACCUGUUAAAGAUGGCACUGGAAAAAAUUGCUUUCCUGCCCUUUGGCUACUUGGUGGACCAGUGGCGUUGGGGGGUCUUUAGUGGGCGUACCCCAUCUUCCCGCUACAACUUUGACUGGUGGUAUCUUCGAAUCAAAUAUCAGGGGAUCUGUCCUCCAGUUGUCCGAAACGAAACCCACUUUGAUGCUGGUGCUAAGUUUCAUGUCCCACACGUGACACCGUACAUCAGGUACUUUGUGAGUUUUGUCCUACAGUUCCAGUUCCACCAAGCCCUGUGCAAGGAGGCAGGCCACCAGGGCCCGCUGCACCAGUGUGACAUCUUCCAGUCCACCCAGGCGGGGGCCAAGCUCCGGAAGGCACUGCAGGCAGGCUCCUCACGGAACUGGCAGGAGGUGUUGAAGGAUAUGAUUGGCUCAGAUGCCCUGGACGCUCAGCCACUGCUCAACUACUUCCAGCCCAUCAGCCAGUGGCUGCAGGAGCAGAACCGGAAGAACGGCGAGGUCCUGGGCUGGCCAGAAUAUCAGUGGCGGCCACCAAUGCCCAACAAUUACCCAGAGAGCAUUGGCCUGGUGACCGAUGAGGUUGAGGCCAGCAAGUUUCUGGAGGCCUAUGACCAGAAAUCCCAGGUGGUAUGGAACGAAUACGCUGAAGCCAACUGGAACUACAAUGUCAACAUCACCACAGAGACGAGCAAGAUCCUGGGAAGGAAUGGGGAGCUGCGGCUCCAGAGCUGGGCGUUUGGCUUGUGCCCUGGCCUGGCCUCCUCCUGGCUGAGCAACCCAGACACACCCCCAGCCUGCUCCUGGGGGAACAAUGAGCCCCACAGGACUGUUGAAAGCUGGCGCUUCCAUUCAACCCCUGCCCCAGAUCUGACGAGUCUGAUGGCCACCUCCCGGAAACACGACGAACUGCUGUGGGCCUGGAAGGGCUGGAGAGACAAGGCAGGGAGAGCCAUCCUCCCUUUCUUCCCCAAAUACGUGGAACUCACCAACAAGGCUGCCCGGCUCAACGGCUACAGAGACGCAGGGGACUCGUGGAGAUCUAUGUACGAGAUGCCAUCCCUGGAGCGCGACCUGGAGCAGCUCUUCCAGGAGCUGCAGCCGCUCUACCUGAACCUGCACGCCUACGUGCGCCGGGCCUUGCACCGCCACUACGGGCCAGCGCUCAUCAACCUGGAGGGCCCCAUCCCCGCUCAUCUGCUGGGGAACAUGUGGGCGCAGACCUGGUCCAACAUCUAUGACCUGGUGGUGCCCUUCCCUUCAGCUCCCAAGCUGGAUGCCACGGAAGCCAUGAUAAAGCAGGGCUGGACACCCAGAAGGAUGUUUGAGGAAGCAGACAAAUUCUUCACCUCCCUGGGGCUGCUUCCUGUGCCCCCCACGUUCUGGAACAGGUCGAUGCUGGAGAAGCCGACUGAUGGGCGGGAGGUAGUGUGCCAUGCCUCCGCCUGGGACUUCUACAACGGCAAGGACUUCAGGAUCAAGCAGUGCACCGCUGUGAACAUGGAGGACCUGGUGGUCGCCCACCACGAAAUGGGCCACAUACAGUAUUUCAUGCAGUACAAGGACUUGCCUGUGACCUUCCGGGAGGGUGCCAACCCUGGCUUUCAUGAGGCCAUUGGGGACGUGCUGGCCCUCUCGGUGUCUACUCCCAAGCACCUACACAGCAUCAACCUGCUGAGUAGCGAGGGCAGCGGCUACGAGCAAGACAUCAACUUUCUGAUGAAGAUGGCGCUCGAGAAGAUCGCCUUCAUCCCCUUCAGCUACCUUGUCGACCAGUGGCGCUGGAGGGUGUUUGAUGGAAGCAUCACCAAGGAGAACUACAACCAGGAGUGGUGGAGCCUCAGGCUGAAGUACCAGGGCCUCUGUCCUCCAUUGGCCAGGUCUCAAGGUGACUUUGACCCAGGGGCCAAGUUCCACAUUCCUUCAAGUGUGCCUUAUAUCAGGUACUUUGUCGGCUUCGUCAUCCAGUUCCAGUUCCACGAGGCUCUGUGUCAGGCGGCAGGCCACGAGGGCCCCCCGCACACGUGUGACAUCUACCAGUCACAGGCGGCAGGGAAGCGCCUGGCGGAUGCCCUGAAGCUGGGCUUCAGCAAGCCGUGGCCUGAAGCCAUGCAGCUGAUCACGGGCCAGCCCAACAUGUCCGCCUCAGCCAUGAUGAGCUACUUCAAGCCGCUGCUGGACUGGCUCCUCACUGAAAACGGGCGGCAUGGGGAGAAGCUGGGCUGGCCUCAGUACAACUGGACGCCAGACUCCGCUCGUUCGGAAGGCUCCUUCCUGGGCACUGGCCGUGCCAACUUCCUGGGCCUGGACCUAGAGGAGCAGCAGGCCCGCGUGGGCCAGUGGGUGCUGCUUUUCCUGGGCGUCACCCUGCUGGUGGCCACCUUGGUCCUCACGCAGCGGCUCUUCAGCCUCCGCCGUCACCACCUCCGCCAGCCCCACCAUGGGCCCCAGUUCGGCUCUGAGGUGGAGCUAAGACACUCCUGAGGCGACGGGACUGGGCCAGGCCAGGCCUCCCCACAGAGCAACCAGCAGCAGGACAGGCCGUGGAGUGGGCCAGACCACCACUCCCCUCGAGGCGCACCCCAGCCCGCCCUCCUCCUCCUACCGCCCCACCCCUCCCCACUCCACCCCAGACCACGAACCCCUGCAGCUCCUGCCCCCCAAUCCCAGGCCACCUAACAUGGAGUCCCUCCCAGUCUCUGUGAAUACAAUUAAAGGUCCUGCCGUCCCCCUCUGA